AUGGUCAAGGCUGUGAGCGUUCUCCGAGGUGACUCCAAGGUCUCCGGUACUGUCGUCUUCGAGCAGGAGUCCGAGUCUGCCCCUACUACCAUCACCUGGGACAUCACUGGCAACGAUCCCAACGCCAAGCGAGGAUUCCACAUCCACACCUUCGGUGACAACACCAACGGCUGCACCUCCGCUGGCCCUCACUUUAACCCUCACAACAAGACCCACGGUGCUCCUUCUGACGAGACCCGCCAUGUCGGUGACCUCGGAAACGUGGAGACUGAUGGCCAGGGCAAUGCCAAGGGCUCUGUCACUGACUCCCUGAUCAAGCUUAUUGGACCCCACAGCGUCAUUGGCCGAACCGUUGUUGUCCACGCCGGUACCGACGACCUUGGCAAGGGCGACUCCGAGGAGUCUCUCAAGACUGGUAACGCUGGUCCCCGACCUGCCUGUGGUGUCAUUGGUAUCUCCAACUAA